UCACGAGGCUAGGUUGUUUGUAAUGGUUCCGUCCGCUGGCUCUAGGGACCGUCGCUGAAGAGUCUGCCCUGCAGGGAGACGGAGAUCGGCGGGAGGGCUGGGGGAAGGGACCCGGACUAGAACAACUGCUGACUAAUCCGCGGGCCGCGGGGAAUGGGUGGCGUGCCAGCCGGUCGGCCGGGGUCACGCGGCCGGGUGUGCGCGGAAUGGAUUCAGGGUUUCCCGAUCUCGCCCGGGAGCUAGAGUCCCGACUCCCAGCCCGGGUCCCCGACCGGCCUUUCGGGGUUGCUGGGCACGCUCUGCAAAGGGGAAACUGAGGUCCAAGGAAAUUGAGAAUCUUUGCAAAGUCCCCAGCUGAGUUCGAACCAGACAGAUCCUGGGACCCCCUACUCUAUCCGCCACCCGGAAGAAUCUUCGUCCUUGUCUUUCCAUUCUGCCCUCCCGGCUUCCCAGUAAGGGCCCAUCAGGACUCAGGAGUCUCUAUGCCUGUCCCCUGCCAGUCCUUAAACAGAGGUGAGUGGAAUGGCAAGAUGGCUUAUGAGUGCAUGGGUUAGGGUCUGAGCUCCACUAUGGCCAAGCUGCUGGGCCUGCCUCUCCAGCCUGUUUCCACCUCUGUAAAAUAGGGCUGUUGAUAAGGUGCUUGAGUGGGUAUUGGUGAGACAAAACCUCCAAUAACAACUUGUUGUUGUUUUCUUUUACCCCCAGCGCACAGCCCUAGGACCACCCUUGACCAUCCUCAACCAAGCUAUGCAUGCCAGGGGCCCCCAUGGCCCACUGUCCCCGGCGCUGCCUCUCGCCUCCUCAGUCCUGAUGCUGCUGAUGAGCAGCCUGUGGCUGGUGGGGGCCGGCCCCAGCUUGGUCCUGGCCCCGGAGCUGUUGCUGGACCCCUGGCAGGUGCACCGACUGCUGACCCAUGUCCUGGGCCACACGGCCCUGCCAGGCCUGCUCCUGAGCCUGCUGCUCCUGCCCACUCUGGGCUGGCAGCAGGAGUGCCACCUGGGCACAUUGAGAUUCCUGCAUGCCUCAGCUCUGCUCGCCCUGGCUUCUGGGCUGCUGGCAGUACUGCUGGCAGGCCUUGGGGUGUCCGGUGCAGCCGGCAGCUGUGGAUACAUGCCUGUCCACCUGGCCAUGCUGGCUGGGGAGGGACACCACCCUAGACGACCCCGUGGGGCACUGCCACCAUGGCUGCCACCAUGGCUGCUGCUUGUCCUGACCCCACUGCUCAGCUCUGAGCCACCCUUCCUGCAGCUCCUUUGUGGCCUCCUUGCUGGUCUGGCCUACGCAGCUGGGGCCUUCCGGUGGCUGGAACCCUCAGAGCGACGGCUGCAGGCGCUGCAGGAGGGUGUUUUGUGCGGGACCUUGGCGGGGUGCUGGCCCCUGAGGCUCCUUCCCACCCCGGGCAGCCUGGCGGAGCUGCCUGUCACCCAUCCUGCCGGAGUGAGGCCUCCCAUCCCUGGACCGCCUUAUGUAGCCUCCCCUGACCUCUGGUCCCACUGUGAAGGCUCAGCCCUGUCGCCACCAGGCCUGAGGCCUGUGCAGCCCAUCUGGGAGGGCUCCUCAGAGGCCAGCCUGGACUGGGCUGGGGCCAGCUUCUCCCCAGGGACUCCGAUGUGGGCGGCCUUGGAUGAGCAGAUGCUGCAGGAGGGCAUCCAGGCCUCACUUCUUGACGGGCCAGCCCAGGGGCCCCAGAGCGCACCAUGGCUGUCCAAGUCCUCUGUCUCCUCUCUGCGGCUGCAGCAGCUGGAGCGCAUGGGCUUCCCCACGGAGCAGGCGGUGGUGGCACUGGCAGCCACAGGCCGCGUGGAGGGUGCCGUGUCACUGCUGGUUGGAGGACAAGUGGGCACUGAGACCCUGGUGACCCAGGGAAAGGGUGGGCCUGCCCACUCCGAGGGUCCUGGGCCUCCCUAGCCCAGGCAGAGAGUGGGGCAUAGGCAGGCCCUUGGGUGCUAAGGGCUGGGCUGCAUGUGGGUAGCCCGAGCUCCUGCUCUGUCUACUGAGGACCACAGUGGGGAGCAGGGGCACCUCUGGAGGCAGGAGAGGCCAGCAUGCUGCCCUAGUAUGUGUUUAGAAUAAAAACCAGUUUGUUUUUCAA